AUGGUUUUCCACGAAACAGGACGGGACGGAUCGGGGAUUUUUUUAGGAAAUGUGCUUGUUUGUCAAACCACAGGUACAUGUAGAUGUCUAUCGGAAGUCGUUGUUUCUCGUGGUGUUGGUGUUGCGUUCACGGCGACCUUUUUGAGAACAUCACUGAAGCCCCUCCGCUCUCGGCCAGAACACCAUUUAGUGUGGCGAGCAAACAUCAUUACAUUACCAGCAUCAGGUUCUGCCAUGUCAUCUCCCAAGGAUACGGUGGCGUUUAUCGGUCUGGGCGUGAUGGGUUAUCCCAUGGCCAGGAACCUUCGGGCUGGUCUGGGUUCUGACAAGACCCUCCUCAUCUGUGACGUCAACACCGAUGCUCUCGAGAGGUUCAUGGCUGAGGUCUCAGUUUUGGGGAGAGGUCCAGUCCGGAUUGUACAAAAUGGAUUCGAGGCAGCCAAGCAAGCUGACACGGUCAUCACUAUGCUUCCAAACUCUUCGUCCGUUCUAGCCGUUUAUCUCGAUGCGUCCACUGGAAUACUCCCGGCACUCCCCGAACCUUUGGACCAUAACGCCUGUGGCUCAAAGCUGCUCAUGGAAUGUGGCACAAUAGAGUCGUCAACAAUUCUCACCGUCUCUCGCUCCAUACCCGAGAACUGGGCAACCUUUGUGGAUGCUCCUGUGUCCGGCGGUCCUAUGGGGGCUCAGAACAAGUCCCUAACUUUUAUGGUCGGCUGUCCACCACCGCUCUCCGCCUCUGUGUUUCCCCUCGUCAAGUCUUUUCUGCGUCAUAUGGGUGAUCCAGACGGUAUCUUCCUUUGCGGAGACGUUGGAGCCGGCACGGCAUUCAAAAUCAUCAAUAAUUACCUGUCAGCCAUAACGUCGCUGGCUGCAUCCGAAGCUUUAAACAUAGGAGUUAAGGCUGGGUUAGAUCCCCGGUUACUGACUCAAGUAAUCAAUGCCUCCGGGGGCCAGUGCUGGGUCACAAGCAAGUCAAACCCGGUACCAGGGGUUCAAGAUAAUGUUCCGAGCACCAGGGGAUACGAAGGGGGUUUUAGGAUAGAGCUUUGUGCCAAAGUGUUGGGAAUGGGCUCGAAGCUGGCCCGGGAUGUGGGUGCGAGAACAGUGCUGGACGAACCUACACUGAAUGCGUUUAGUGAGGCGAUGGAGGACGAGAGAUACAAAGGGAAGGAUGCCAGGGUCGUGUUCAAGUGGUUGAAUGAUCAAUGA